CAGUGUUGGGUGCACGGGAGGGUUUGUGGGCGCGUCGGCCCGUAGAGACCCAGCCAUCGCCAUGCCCGGGAUUGACAAGCUACCCAUUGAGGAGACGUUGGAGGACAGUCCCCAGACACGUUCUUUGCUGGGUGUAUUUGAAGAAGAUGCUGCAGCAAUUUCCAGUUACAUCCACCAGUUGUAUCAAGCCAUGCGUCGAAUUUAUGAUGCACAGAAUGAAUUAAGUGCAGCAACUCAUCUAACUUCAAAACUUCUAAAAGAGUAUGAGAAGCAGCGUUUUCCAUUAGGGGGCGAUGAUGAAGUUAUGAGCUCUACCCUACAACAGUUUGCAAAAGUGAUAGAUGAGCUCAGCUCUUGUCAUGCAGUACUUUCAACUCAACUAGCUGAUGCCAUGAUGUUUCCCAUUACUCAAUUUAAAGAAAGGGAUCUAAAAGAGAUAUUGACUUUAAAAGAAGUUUUCCAAAUUGCCAGUAAUGAUCAUGAUACUGCCAUUAACAGAUACAGUCGGCUGUCGAAAAGAAGAGAGAAUGAAAAGGUCAAGUAUGAAGUUACAGAAGAUGUGUAUACUUCCAAGAAGAAACAGCAUCAGACCAUGAUGCAUUAUUUCUGUGCGUUAAAUACUCUUCAGUACAAGAAGAAAAUAGCCAUGCUGGAACCCUUGCUAGGAUAUAUGCAAGCACAGAUAAGUUUCUUUAAAAUGGGUUCAGAAAAUCUUACUGAGCAGCUGGAAGAAUUUUUAACCAAUAUUGGCACAAGUGUACAAAAUGUUCGCAGGGAAAUGGAUUCUGAGGUAGAAACCAUGCAGCAGACCAUAGAGGACUUGGAAGUAGCCAGUGAUCCAUUAUAUUUACCUGAUCCAGACACAACAAAAUUUCCUGUCCAUAGAAAUCUAACACGGAAAGCUGGCUAUCUUAAUGCAAGGAAUAAGACUGGGCUGGUGUCUUCCAGUUGGGACAGACAGUUUUACUUUACUCAGGGUGGAAACCUAAUGAGUCAGGCAAGAGGUGACGUAGCUGGAGGACUUGUCAUGGACAUAGACAACUGUUCCGUGAUGGCUGUGGACUGUGAGGACAGAAGAUACUGCUUUCAGAUAACAUCUUUUGAUGGCAAAAAAUCUUCAAUCUUACAGGCAGAGAGUAAAAAAGAUUAUGAAGAGUGGAUAUGUACAAUAAACAACAUCUCUAAACAGAUAUACCUAAGUGAAAACCCUGAGGAAAUUGCUGCACGUGUAAACCAAUCCGCUCUGGAGGCUGUCACCCCCUCUCCUUCCUUCCAACAGAGACAUGAGAGCAUGCGGCCAGCAAUACAAUCUCGGCCUCCGACAGUUCGUACUAAUAGCUCUGGGUCUUUGGGAUCUGAAUCAGCAGCUUUAUCAGCACUUUCCUUGGAUUCCCUUGUUGCCCCUGACACACCGAUACAAUUUGACAUAAUUUCUCCAGUUAGUGAAGAUCAGCCUGGUCAGGCAAAAGCCUCAGGUCAAUCGGGCAGACGUACAAACCCAUUUGGUGAAUCUGGAGGCAAAAAAUCUGAAACGGAAGAUUCCAUUCUUCACCAGUUAUUUAUUGUAAGAUUCCUUGGCUCCAUGGAGGUUAAAUCUGAUGAAAGUCCAGAUGUUGUUUAUGAAACAAUGCGCCAAAUUCUAGCAGCCCGGGCUAUCCAUAAUAUUUUCAGGAUGACAGAAUCACAUUUAUUAGUCAGUUGUGACUGUUUAAAGUUAAUAGAUCCACAGACGCAAGUUACAAGGCUCAGGUUUCCUUUGCCAAGUGUAGUCUUGUACACUACACACCAGGAGAAUAAACGCCUUUUUGGAUUUGUGCUUCGGUCUUCAGGAGGGAGAGUUGAGAGCCAUACAACAUCUGUCUGUUAUAUAUUUGAAUCAAACAAUGAAGGGGAAAAGAUUUGCGACUCUGUUGGACUGGCAAAACAGAUUGCUUUUCAUGCAGAAUUGGAUCGUAGAGCAUCAGAAAAACAAAAAGAAAUAGACAAAGUAAAAGAGAAACAACAGAAAGAACUCAGUAAACAAAAGCAAAUUGAAAAGGACUUGGAAGAGCAGAGCCGAUUGAUAGCUGCUUCCAGUAGACCCAUUCAGAGCAGUGGAGAGGGACAAUUUGUAGUCCUUAGCAGUAGCCAGUCAGAAGACAGUGAUUUGGGAGAAGAUGGGAAGAAGAAAAGAGAGUCCGAAGCAUGAGGCUACUGAUCUUGUUAAAACU